AUGAAAGAUAUAAGGGAUUUACUGAUAGCCAAAAGUGCCGAGAAGCUUGUGAGGGAGACGAGCCAACAGCUUAGUCAGCCCUCUUCUCCAACACACGAGGACCUUUUUGAGUGCACGAAAGCAAAACCAAUCUCAAACUUGAGCACCUUUGGAGUGGGAGACAAAUAUGCUUCUAUAUUCAAGUUCAGUCAAUUCAACAAAAUGCAAACAAGUGCCUUUCCCAUGAUAUUCCAAGAUUCAGACAACUGUGUGGUUACAAGUCCAACUGGAUCAGGAAAGACCGUGCUAUUUGAACUAGCGAUUAUCAGAGCAUUGAAAGAAAAUAGCAAAGCCAAGAUCUUGUACCUCGCCCCAUUGAAAGCAUUAUGCAAUGAGAGAAUCUCAGACUGGUCCCAUAAAUUUGCAAGAUUCAACAUAUCAGUUGGAUUGCUCACAGGAGACUCAGACACGAGAGAGGUUCAGAGGGCAAGGACUUGUAAUAUCGUUAUCUCAACUCCAGAAAAAUGGGACUCGUUUACUCGACAAAACAAGGACCGGAAAGAAUCUUUGUUACCGUUAAGCUUGCUUCUACUAGAUGAGAUACACACAAUAAAGGAGAAAAGAGGUGCAAAUUUGGAGGCUGUCGUCACUCGGAUGAAAUACCUGUAUCCCAAUAUUCGGAUCAUAGCAUUAUCUGCCACCGUCCCCAACAUUGAUGAUAUUUCCAAGUGGCUUCGAAAACCAGAAAAACUUGCAGCCACUACGCUAAGGUUCAAUGAAUCGUACCGGUCCGUCAAGUUGACUAAGACCGUUCUAGGCUUUAACAGAAAAUCCACAACAAACGAGUUCCAAUUUGAAGCGUUUCUCACAUCAAAACUUUUAGCCAUCAUCCAGAAUUAUGGGAAUAAAAAACCUGUUCUUGUCUUCUGUGCUACACGAAAAAGCACCAUAAUGACUGCAAAAGCGCUGAGUACAAAACUGGGAUCUUACUUUCCACAAAAACCUCCUAUUACUGAUCGAUUGCAACCACAACUACUUGAUCUGAUCAACAACGGAGUCGCUUAUCACCAUGGGGGAUUGUCCUCCGAGGAGAGAAGGGUGAUCGAAAAUGGGUUUCUUUCAGGAAAAAUCAGUGUUAUCUGUUGUACAUCAACAUUGGCAGCAGGGGUCAACUUGCCAGCAUAUUUAGUCGUUAUCAAAGGCACGAAAACGUGGAUCAAUGGAAGCUUACAAGAAUAUUCGGAUUUGGAGGUUUUGCAAAUGAUUGGAAGGGCUGGAAGACCCCAAUUUGAGAGUCAAGGAGCCUGUGUCAUCAUGACUCAGUCAGCCGAAAAAGCGAAAUAUGAAAAACUUAUCCAUGGCACUGAAGAAGUAGAAAGCUCUUUACCACACAAAUUGAGCGAGAUACUCCUCAAAGAGGUGGCUUCAGGUCAAAUUAGUGAUUCUCAAAGUGCAAACGAUUGGGUGAAAACCACGUUUUUUUAUCAGCGGUAUCUUGUUAGUCCAUACUCAUACGCUGCCGUGGUGAAACCAGUAAUAUACAAGAAACCUAGCCAUUGCUUAGAAUUUCUCUUACAAAAAAGGAUGAAAGAAUUAUGGGAUGGGGGCUUGAUUACUAUACAGCAGGGCAAAUUUGUUUGCUCAUGUUAUGGCGAUACGAUGUUGAGAAACUGUCUAUCGCUGGACACUAUGAAAUACCUCCUGAAGUCAAAGAAUAUUGAGCAGGACAAAUGUCUGGACUUCUUGUGUCAGACCCCUGAAUUUGGGAAUGUUGAGUACCGAUCCUUGGAAAAAACCCUUUUUCGCAAAAUCAAUCAGAGUCAAUUGAUUAGAUACAGACUUGAAGGCGAAAUUGAGGCUGUAUGGCAAAAAGUGCACUUGGUUGUGCAAUUCGAGCUCGGUCGUUUGGACUACCCAACUCAUCCCAGCUUCAAAAAUCUUUUAUUCAAUUUCAACUAUGAUAAGGCAAAGGUCUUGAGGCAAAUGUCAAAUGUUAUAAACGCUGGGAUAUCAAUUUUUGAAAGAAAGGCAGAUACAACUAGCCUUAGAUCCAUGUUGUAUUUGGGAAGGUGUUUAAGUGCGAAAGCCUGGGAAAACACCGCAUUAGAACUGACUCAAAUAGAAGGGAUUGGUAAAGCGGGCGCAAGAAAACUCGAAGCCGGCAAUAUUCACUCUAUCAAAGAAGCAGUGCAACUCUCUAAAGAGAGCUUCCACCAAUUCGGAAUCAAGAACAGUGCCACGAUAUACGAUCAGUUGAGAUUAUUUCCCCAAAUUCACCUAAAAGCUCGAAUUAUCAAGAAUGCCUCAGCUAGUGAUCUUUUGAACAUAGCGAUAGUGAUAACUACACCAAUCGAAUAUAUUCCAAAUUACGACAGCUCAGAGUGUACAAUACUGAUUAAUGCUAGAAAUACAAAGGAGCUCAUCAAAUUUAUGAAAAUUCCGCUGCGCCAAACGAGCGGCCACAUGGAAAUUAACCUGGAAAUGGAUGCUCGAUUGAAUAAGGAGAUUGUUAUUUAUGCAGAUUUCACCGAUAAAGUCGGAUCAGGGACGGAGGUAUCUUUAUCUUCUUUGCAAUCAAUCGACGAAAGCGAUUUCUCAGAUGAAGAAGACGUAGAAUUGAUGCUAAUUGAAAGAGAGAAGCGAAAAUAUGAGGAGCAGGCUCAAACAGAUGCUAAACGACGGCGAGAAUAUUCUCUGGAAAUGACUGAGGAAGGCGUGUUCACUGAAAUAGAACGAGAAAACUCUUCGAUGUCAAGUAUCACACUUGAGUAA